UGUUUAUUUCCAUUUUCCUCCACCUAUCCCUUUCCCACUUCCCCUAUCUUCUUCUCCUCCAUUUUCUUUCCUUCACCAAUAAGCCUUUGAAAUCCUUCGGCAUAUCUUCAUCAAAUCGAUAUCUGCUGCUCUGUCCCGCCGAAGAUUUAAUUUAACUUGCAUUAACAGGAAUUAAGGAAGAACCCUAAGAGUGUGAAUUUUGUCCAGUUGAACAACUUUUCUGUAACCAGCUAGCUACCAUGGGUGAAAAAGUGAAGCUUUCUGAGUACGAUUCUAGCGGUGGUAAUAAUGAUGACAGAGUUUUGUGGGAGGUUGGACUUCCCGGCGCCGACGAUCUCACGCCGUUGACUCUGCAGUUGAUUCCGGCCGAACUUGCUUCUGCGUUCAGAAUCUCGCCGGAAUCCUCAAAAUCCAUGACUGAUGUAAAUCGCGCUUCUCAGAAUACUUUUUCUUCCCUCCAGAGAUGGCACUCGCAGGAUAUGUCUUCAAUGAAUAACUUAAAUUUCAAGCCGUUCAAUGAGGAGACGACUGUUACUGAAAAAGACGAAACGGAUCUAACGAGAGAGGGAUCCGACCCGAGGAAGCUCCGGAGGGUUGAAUCCGGAGGCACCGAAGAGAUUGAUUCUGCUCUGUGUAACGAAAAUUGUGCAGAUGAUUCGUCGGCUAAUAAGACGCUGAAUAAACGGGCAAGGCUUGUUUGGACGCCGCAGCUACACAAGCGUUUUAUUGAAGUGGUGGCCCACUUAGGUAUCAAAAACGCUGUGCCGAAGACGAUUAUGCAGCUUAUGAAUGUGGAAGGACUGACGCGAGAGAACGUGGCGAGUCAUUUACAGAAGUAUAGAUUAUAUAUGAAGAGACAGGGAAAUGAGGGGCCUUCUUCUUCUGAUCAUUUGGUUAAUUCCACGCCGGUGAAGCAGAGUUUGCGUGAGUCCGGUGAGACUGGUCAUCACCUGCGUAAUACUAAUGGCCACGUGGGAAUGCCGACUCAGAUGCCAUACCCGCCGCAAAUGGUGCAGAUGCCGAUGAUUGGAAUGGCCAAAGGAGGCAUGCCUGUUGGGUAUGGGGGUGGACCAUCAGUUGGAUUUCAUCAUCAGUACAGUAUGAUGCAACAACAGCGGGAAUGGUCUGGGAAUAAUUUUGGUUACUAUCAUCCUGUUACUUCUAAUGAUAAGUAGCUGUACUGGCUAAGUUCCAUGAGAGCACUGGUGCCUCCAUUUGUUCUGCUCGGAACCUUCCAUUAUUACUGAUCCUUUCCCUGCACAGCUCCAUCUGGAUCUUUAUUUGGUCCUUGAUGAAUACUAUAGACAAAAAAAAUUCUGAUGAUUGGAGGCAAGUAAAUCCUCUAUUAGACUACACCGAGUUGACAUUGUGUUUCUGGUGAGGUGUGGUUUCUCUCUCCCUAUGUCUGCUUAAUUUUCUCUAUUGAGCAUCAAGGUUUGCAACUUUUGUUGGAUAUAGAGGGUAAGGAGAUUAUGGGAUGAAGCAGUACUCUAUUCCGGAUUUGUAUUGCAGUUUCAGAAAACGUGGGGAAAUCCAUAGCUCCAAACGCAUACUCAAGAAUGGUGGAGAAGAAAUUUCUUCUCUGCUAUGUGUGAAGAUAUACUGCCCCUCCCUGUGUUUCAUCUUCUUGUUAGAAUACAGCCAUUCCCCUUUGAUGCAUAAGGUUUUUCUAUAUUUUGGUUAUUUGGUGGCUGAGCCAAUACGUGUUUUGUGUUCUUAAUGGUUUUUCUAUCAUGAAUAUUUAGAGUUGCUUCUCAUAUAUGCUCCACAUGUUUAAGUAUGACUACAAGUUGUACUUGUGCUACUACAUAAUGGAUGUCAUUCUUUACAGACAGAUUGUUUAAAGAUACAAGUGGCGUGCUUC